GUGAAGUAAAGGUAUUUUGCAGUACUAGCCACAGGGUGUCUCAAUGGUGUGAUGGCUUUUACAGCUAACGGUUCAUAUUUUUGGCUUUUUUUAAUACUGUUACGGCUAACAGUAAUAUACUAAGGUGGAGCUGCUCUUAAGUCUAAUGAGAUUAAGACAAACUGUGUUUUUCUCCGUUUAAAGAUCUAGAUGAGAAGUCAUGGCAAAGGGUGGGUACAAGACCAUCUCCACUGAAGACGAUGAAGAAAAAUCCAGCUUUGCCUCCCUUCUUUUGUUUACCUGGAUGAACGUAAUCUUUAAGACUGGAGGUGAACGAGCUUUAGAGCAGCAUGACUUUUUGCCUCUUUCGAAAGCAAACUCCACUUGUCUGUUAACUGAACAGCUUGAAACAAGCUGGAGCCAGGAAAGAACUAACUGCAACACAAAUGGAAAAAAACCGUCCCUAUGGAAAAGCGUUCUAAAGAUGGUCUCUAUCAAAGACGUUUUCAUAAUUGUAUUAACGACUGUUUUGUUUACGGUUUCUCGCCUUCUUCAGCCGCUGUUUCUUGGAUAUCUCGUCUCUACACUGAUGGCAGCUGAAUCACAACAAAGAUAUCUUCUUUACGUUUGUGCCUUGGCUAUGUGCGUUAACGCCUUUGUCGGGUCCCUUGGUGUACAUCAGUUUGAUUACAGAUGCGAAGUAUUGGCUAUCAAAAUAAGCAGCGCUCUAAAAGGUUUAGUUUACUUUAAGGUAAGCAUAUCGUUAAAUCCCCAUUUAGUCGCAGACACGAGCAAGCUUAUGUGACUGAGUAAGCGGGCUUGCCACUUUUUUUGUGACAAUCCUGAAUUGCCCGUGGAAACUAACGCAGUGAAACCUCCGCCCGUUCACACGUCCACUUUUGCCCUACAAACGAGGGCGUUUUAAGGACGGUGCCUACUUUUGUUAUAUAGUGCGCACACGUUCUGCGC